AUGACUCCAAGUGGAUUGUCCUAUGUGUUUGUCCUUUGUUCAACCUGUGCUUGUCCAACUGACAGAGGAUGGCAGAAACACCAAACCCGGCCACUACCUCCUUUCCAGUGCCGACUGUUUCUCUACCGAGCGGAGUUGAAAUAUUGAGGACGUACUCGGGGGCUCUGAUUUGUUUGGAAAUUGUGUUUGGAGGGUUGGUAUGGAUAUUGAUAGCCUCGACGAACGUGUCUGUGCCGCUGCUGCAGGGAUGGGUGAUGUUUGUGUCGGUAACCAUGUUCAUCUGUUCAUCCAUUUACCUCGCCCUCUUUCUGCUGGGCUUGGCUGACAAGAUUAACACUGACUGGAAUUUCAUGGAUAUGUUCUACCAUUUCAUUGCUUUGCUGUUUUAUUUUGGUGCCUUUUUGCUGGAGGCUACAGUUUCAUCGGCGGGUAUAUAUGUAAACGACACCACCUGUAUUCGCAAACCCCGUGGCAAUAUAAUGACGUUUCUGGACUAUCGGCAAUACAAUAUUAAUGUCGCUGCUGCGAUAUUUGCAUUUAUAGUGACAGUGUGUUAUGGCUGUAGCAUGUUCAUGGGCUUCAGGAGGUGGAGGAAAUGAAACACAGGAACUGGUGCACAUGUAACCCAUCCAUAACAUGGUUGAUUUUUAAUGUCAGCUGUACUGUUUUGGACAUUCCACAAGGUGACGUCAGUUCACUGGUUUACCACAAUGUCUCCAGGGUCUGAAUUCACAUUAAUGUAAAGAGUCAUAUAUAUUUCAAUUCUUGGUGAUUUGGGUGAAAAUGAUAUGAUAAAAUCAUUUUGAAAUUUGACCAUUUUUUUCAAGAUGUUAUCCUUAAAUUUCCCAGGUGUUCAAAGGUAAUGGCUGUGUUUCGUUUGGAAGGCUGCAUGCUAGGUAGGACACGUCCUUUGAAGGCUGCAGUAUACCGAGUGUCCUCCUUUAAACAAGCCUCGUUUAAACGAGACGGCCUUCGUAGGACAAAUGGAAAUGGAACAUAACAUGGUUGCUAUGACAGCACGGCACUCUUUAAUAAGUGCGAGUCAUUUUAGAAGGGAAUGUAUGAGGUACAUUUUAGGAGAGUUAUAAUGAUGUAAAGAGAAAAGAAAAUAGAUUUUACAGGUGUACUUUUAGUCUAAUAUUUUAUUUUAAUUAUAUAUUAAUAUAAUUGUACAUACAGUAUUAUAUACACUGCACCCAUCUACUGAGGUACUUCAACUUGGGAAUUAACAUUACUUGCGUUUGAACAUCAUAUUUACGGGCAAAUUGGCGUCAUUUUUCUUUAGACAUUUCCGUUGAAGCAAAGAAUUGUGGGUUAUGAAUGCCCACGAAGGCUACACCUCAUGCAUCCUCCGAAUUCCCGUGAAAGAAGGUCGCAUUCGAAGGCUGCAUUCAGAGUGUCCUACUCGCUUUUAUGAAACGAGACAGCCUCGAUGACGUAUGCGGCUGACAAAUGUUACUUCCGGAGGACGCAGCCUUCCAAACGAGACACAGCCAUAAUUUCAGAUAAAUAUUUCACAAUUUGAUUUUUUUUUUUAUUAUUAUUUUUUUUUUUUUAAGAGAAAGUGGAAAUCCAACUUUUGCAGGUUGAACCUAAAACAACGUUCUUCUGUAAAAUAUUCUCUCUAUCAAUUCCCACCAGGCAAAAUCUUUGUCUUUAUGAAAAAUUUGCUUUAAUCUUUGAAAAUGUAAAGUUUAUGUAAUAUGCAUAAUGCUAUAUUUAAAAUGUCUGGUUUUUUUAUUUGCUGUAUUAUGUUUGUACAGAGUUUGUCAUCAUAUAUUACAUAAUUUAUAGCUUUAAUAAACCAUAGCAUUUUUCUAAUGGAAUGUGUGAUGGAAUUUCUAUUCAAAUGUUACAAAGUAUUCCUUGCCCUGUUUACAUGUGGUAUUACUUAACAUCCACCUUGAGAUUACUGAGGACUAAUGUAGGGAAAUAUUGGGUAUUAACCACUAGAUGUCCCACUUUGCAAGGAUUAUAAAACUAUAAUAUUUAACUAUAUGAUUUGUUUGCAGUAAUACAUUGACAUUUGCUUCUUUUGUCCAUUAAGAAAGCAAGAGCAAUGCAGUUGCUACCAGCACCCUCAAUAUACUGUGUAGGUGCCAAACUAUUACAUGUUUUACAGUGUUAAUGGAUCAUAUAGUCUGUUCAUUGAUUUGCAUUAAUGCUUUAGUUAAUAAUAUUUAGAUUAGUUUUGAAAAAAAAAAAAUUGCUAUUAAAUUUAAUUGUUUAAUUUAUUAUUAAUUGCAUGUUGCUAAAACUUUUGCAUGUUUAAAAAAAAAAACACCUGUAAUCUCCCACAUCAAUAAAACCUUUGACCUUGA